UCUUUGGCAGCGGCAGCGGAUCCAGAGAGGCCACAAACCUUUGCAACAAACAUGUUCAUCCGAGCCACGAUAGUCGACCAACAAGUAGCUUGAUCAGCGCUAUCCGUGAGCACGACGCGAAAAGGAGGAUCCCAUUCGUCAUGCUGUAUUUUAGUGUCGUUGUGAGCUAGCUCAUAGUGUGUUUUGUUCCGCGGUGUGUGUGUUAUGCGCUGACUGUAAAAAGGACAGUGCGUCACCGUACAAGAUGGACACUGCCGAAGAAGCUGAUAUAUGUAGGGUGUGUCGAUCUGAGGGAACUCAAGACAAACCUCUCUACCAUCCAUGUGUGUGCACAGGAAGUAUUAAGUUCAUCCACCAAGAAUGCUUGGUGCAGUGGCUUAAACACAGCAGAAAAGAGUACUGCGAAUUAUGCAAGCACAGAUUUGCUUUCACGCCAAUUUACUCUCCAGACAUGCCUUCACGGCUCCCAGUGCAGGACAUUUUUGCUGGAUUGGUCACCAGUAUAGGCACGGCCAUACGAUACUGGUUUCAUUACACGCUUGUUGCCUUCGCCUGGCUGGGGGUUGUACCUCUAACAGCAUGUCGCAUCUAUAAGUGUUUGUUCACUGGUUCAGUAAGCUCCCUCCUGACUCUACCAUUAGACAUGCUCUCCACAGAGAACCUGCUGGCCGACUGCCUGCAGGGCUGCUUUGUGGUGACCUGCACUCUUUGCGCCUUCAUCAGUCUGGUGUGGCUGCGGGAGCAGAUUGUUCAUGGUGGAGCCCCUUUAUGGUUGGAGCAGAAUCAGCAGCAACCUGCCAAUGCAGCAGGACCAGCCAAUGAGGCCCCUGGCCCAGGUAAUGGAGGUGCUGAAAACCAGCCCAUGCCAGCCCCGGCCGAACCCCCGGCAGAGAACGCUGCAGCAGCUGAGGCCCCAGACAUUCCCCCUGAUCCAGCAGAAGAACUGGAGCUGGAUAACGAAGAUGAGGAGGAUGGAGGAGCUGAAGAUGUGGCAGAUGCAAACAAUGGAGCCCAGGAUGAUAUGAACUGGAAUGCCCUGGAGUGGGAUCGUGCCGCAGAGGAGCUCACAUGGGAAAGGAUGCUUGGACUAGAUGGGUCCCUGGUUUUCCUGGAGCAUGUCUUCUGGGUGGUCUCGCUCAACACACUCUUCAUCCUGGUGUUUGCUUUCUGCCCCUACCAUAUCGGCCAUUUCUCAGUGGUUGGACUUGGUUUCGAAGAAUAUGUCCGUGCCUCACACUUUGAGGGACUCAUUACCACUAUAGUUGGUUAUGUCCUUUUAGCCAUCACACUCAUUGUAUGCCAUGGAUUAGCAGCACUGGUGAGAUUUCAAAGAUCACGUCGUUUGUUAGGAGUCUGCUACAUUGUGGUAAAGGUGUCCCUGUUAGUUGUGGUAGAGAUUGGUGUGUUCCCCCUCAUCUGUGGCUGGUGGCUUGAUAUCUGUUCUCUGGAAAUGUUUGAUGCCUCAUUAAAAGAUAGAGAGCUGAGUUUUGAAUCGGCUCCAGGGACCACCAUGUUCCUUCACUGGUUGGUGGGGAUGGUCUACGUCUUUUACUUUGCCUCUUUUAUUCUUCUUCUCAGAGAGGUUCUUAGGCCUGGAGUCUUGUGGUUUCUCAGAAACCUAAACGAUCCAGAUUUCAACCCAGUUCAGGAAAUGAUUCACCUACCAAUAUACAGACACCUGAGACGAUUCAUACUAUCAGUGGUAGUGUUUGGAUCAAUCGUUCUCCUCAUGUUGUGGCUUCCGAUCCGGAUAAUCAAACACAUCUUCCCUUCAUUUCUUCCCUACAAUGUGAUGCUUUAUAGUGAUGCUCCAGUCAGUGAGUUAUCUCUGGAGUUGCUGUUGCUGCAGGUUGUUCUUCCUGCUUUGUUGGAACAGGGACAUACACGGCAGUGGCUCAAAGGUCUGGUUAGAGCCUGGACAGUGACUGCAGGCUACUUACUAGACUUUCACUCUUAUUUGCUGGGAGACCAGGAAGACAACGAAAACAAUGCCAACCAGCAUGCCAACCAGCAGGCCAACAACCAGCAACAGCCCCGUAACAACGCCAUCCCAUUGGUGGGAGAGGGGCUGCAUGCUGCCCAUCAGGCCAUACUGCAGCAGGGUGGCCCAGUAGGCUUUCAGCCCUAUCACCGCCCCAUGAAAUUCCCUCUAAGGAUCGUAUUGCUAAUACUGUUCAUGUGUGUGACACUGCUUUUGGCCAGCUUAGUGUGUCUCACGUUACCAGUGUUCACAGGCCGUUGGCUGAUGUCCUUCUGGACGGGCAGUGCGAAGAUCCAUGAGCUGUACACUGCAGCAUGUGGGCUGUAUGUGUGCUGGCUGUCCAUCAGAGCGCUCACGGUGCUGCUGGCUUGGAUGCCUCAGGGCCGCAGAAUCAUCUUGCAGAAAGUCCAGGAGUGGACUCUUAUGAUCGUGAAGACACUCGUUGUGGCUGUGCUGCUCGCUGGAGUGAUUCCUCUGCUCUUGGGGCUACUUUUUGAGCUGGUGAUUGUAGCUCCUCUUAGAGUGCCACUGGAUCAGACACCCCUGUACUACCCCUGGCAGGACUGGGCCUUAGGAGUGCUACAUGCCAAAAUCAUUGCUGCCAUCACCCUCAUGGGUCCCCAGUGGUGGCUGAAGACAGUUAUUGAGCAGGUGUAUGCCAAUGGAAUCCGGAACAUUGACCUUCAUUUUAUCAUCAGGAAGCUAGCUGCACCGGUCAUUGCUGUGCUGCUACUUUCUCUCUGCAUCCCCUAUGUGAUCGCUGUAGGCAUCAUCCCCCUCAUUGGGGUCACUAUGGAGAUGAACAAUCUGGUGCAGAGGAGAAUCUAUCCCUUCCUCCUGAUGGUAGUGGUGCUGAUGGGGAUCCUCUCUUUUCAAAUCCGACAAUUCAAGCGCCUUUAUGAGCACAUUAAGAACGACAAGUACCUUGUUGGACAGAGACUUGUAAACUAUGAACGCAAAGCUGGCAAGCCCAGCACUACCACACACAGCAGUUCAGUGCAGGAGUAAAAGCUUGGGAAUGCUUUGGAGUCACUAUUUUUUGUGUUUGACUGAGCGAGCAUGUGUUGCGUGAAUGACUUAAUGGGCCUUCCUCUCCUGUUCUCUCUGCUUACCUGUGAUGUGUGUGUGUCUAUACGUCUGUCACGUCCACUAAGUCUCUAAAAACUGACCUCUGGCCUCUGACCCUGCCAGCAAAAUGGGGCAAAAGAGCCAUGUAUAUAAAUGUGGAGAAAAGAGUGAAACCUUAAAGCCAACCAACUAUGGAUUAAAAAGAAUGUCACUCUAAAAAAGAUAACAUUAAAUAUAUGUAUUAAUUUAUUAAAUCUAGUUGUUAUCUUAUUUGUGGAGUUUUGUACAUUGGUAAGACAACCCACAUGGUUCUUUUCAUUACCCUUAAGGAGAGGCCUGUCAGACUUCAGGAAUGAAAUGUCUCUCAGAUGAACGUCUGGGUCACAAUGGAGCUGGGAUGUCACAUUAGUACAUUUUUUUUUUUUUUAUUUAUUAGUUGUGAUUUUUCAAUGGAAUAUGAUUUUUAAGUUUUUGAAUGAGAGAUUCUCGCUUGAUUUGAUGCUUUCAGUAGUGUGUCUUACCCUAACUUCUCAAUGCUUUGAAGAGAUCCUUCUCCCAAAAUGAAAUCAUUAUUUACUCAUCCUCAUGUUGUUCUAAACUUAUUAGACAGUCACCAUUGACUUUCACUGUAUGGAGAAAGAUGCAAUGAAAGUGAAUGGUGACAAAGGCUUCCAUUCUGCCUAACAUCUCAUUUUGUGUUCCACAGAAAAGUCAUAUGGUUUGGAACAACAUGAGGGUAAAUUAUUUCACAUUUUUGGGUGAACUAUCCCUUUAACCUGCCUAAUUUUAUGUGCAUAGACGAAGUUGGAGGUGGCUUUAAAGGUUAUGCCUCAAGACCCACUAAUCCUUGUAAUGUGGGAAAGAGGGAAUUUUGUUUCAAAAACAGUUAGCGCAGGAAGCUGUCAGACUUGGUUGACAUACACAAGAACAUACAAGCCCAGUGUCAGCAGCUAGCUGCUGAAGCUGAGUUUGAAGGUAGUGUUUAUGGCUCACAAUGAGCUACAAAGCCUACCUCUGCCUAAUAGUUCUUCGUCAUCUCUGAAAAGUCCUUUUCUGGUAAUUUAGAAGACCAUUUAGAGUGCUAAUUGCAUUAGUGGUUGAGCUAGCAUAUUUGUUUGCCAUUCAAGUUGUAAGAUAUCGACUGUUGUGUGUCCGUCUCAUGCUCCCCAUGGCCUAGCAACACUUUCUCAUAGUAUCUCUGGAACGUACAAAAGUCGUUGCAUUUCUUUUUUUAAAGAAAGUGUUGAAACAUCUUUUAAGAGCAGCAAUAGUUUUGAAACCCUUUAGACCAAAUUUUUUAAUCCUUAUUCAUAUGUGAUUUCACCAUAAUUUAUCAAACUGAUACAAUUUUGGACUAACAUGUAUGAUUUAUGACUUGCUGCAGUUUGGUAGAAGAGAAGUCUGUUUUGUGUCAAGGAGGAGCCCUGGCAUGUUUGUAAAUAGUGUAACAUUUCAAUUAUUCUGGAUCAUUUUUCGUAGUAUGUUUUCUCUUUCAGAUUUGCUACGUCUGUUACAAGUUUAUGAUUUCCAAAAUUAUCAGCUGAAUUAGUCUAAGACGACAUUAGAGAUGGUGUUAAUCAGUGCUGAGAUACUAUAAGUGACCUUAUAGUAUCUUAUUACACUGAAACUGGAUACUGUAUGCUUCUUGAUAAUUUAAGCUCCUCUGAAUGGCAAAAUGUUCUAUUUUUAUAUGUGCAACUAGUGGCACCAGUUUGUUGUUUGAUCAGCCAUUGAUUCGAUUUCCUCAAGUUUUUUUUUUUUUUUUAAGUUCAGCUAGAAUCCAGGUAAAAUUGGUGGCCCAGACUGAAGACCAUUGUGUGUCUGGUUCACUAAGCCUUUCCUUUUCAUAGCUUUGUAUGAGAAGUACUCAGUAUUCUGAAUGUUUAAAAAAAAAAACUGCCAGGAGGCUCUCGCUGUAACAGUUACAUCCACAUGACAAAUUUCUUUUUCUUUUUUGUUGAAGGCUUUUAUUACAAAUAUUAAAUCACAAAGUGUGGUACUAUGGUGCUUUUGUCUCUUUGAUCAAACUUCAUGUUAUGUGUGUAAUGUGGAAUCAUUCACUGUCCUAUUUUUACACAUUUAUUUUUCCGUGUACAGUCAUGGUUGAAAAUGGUUGUGCCAAUUCAAAUUAAAUUUUCAUCAUAUUCAGUGGAAGUGUGAUGAUAUAAAGAAGUUUAGUAGGAUAAUGGCUCAGGAUAUCACCCCUUGAUUCAUCACAAUAAUGAGUCUGGAACAUCUGGAUUGGUGGAAGGGAAUUAAUUAUCAGAGUUAUAUGAGACAGUCAUUGCAAAGAUGAAAGAACUUAGCUAAUAUUCCAAUUUUGGAUCUAGAAUUUGAUAGAAUAUUGUCUUGAUGCCAUAUCCAUGUCUUUAUUAGUAAAACAGUGAUCUAGACAAGGACCAAGUGACCCCUUGCCAUUAUUCCACCUUAUUUUAAUAUAAACCAUGAUAGAAAUCAUAAUGACACUUAUCACUUAAAAUAAUCCUACCUAUCCCGAAUUUUAUAUUGGCCCAGGUUUUUUCAGUGAUUUGUAAUUUGUAUAUGUAUCUACCACAAACCAUUUACAUUUGGGCUUCUGGGUAUAAUCAUUCAGUACUAGACAUAUUCCAGUAAUUUGCCCUAGUCCAUGUCACUGUCAUUUUGUUCUUUUGACCCUCACUGUAUGAUAAUGGCAUCAAGUGUGUUCAAAGACUCCAAAUUAAAUUCAGGACCUUAUCAACCAUAAUAUACAGGAUAUUGUGGGUUAGUCACAAGUUCUCACAGUGGACAGUUAUGCAACAUAAUGUCCUGUCAAAAUUAGAGAAAGAACUGGCUUCAGUUCAUGGUUGGCAGCACUCAAAAUGGCUAUAAGAUCUACAGGCAACCCUAAUGCACAAAUUAUAUUAUUCAACCACUGGAAUAGUGCUUAACACACAUACUAUUAUAAAUUUGGAAACAUCUAAUAAAACAGGCUACACCAUUUAGGAAUUAACCAUUAUGGAAUUAAGAUAUCAGAGUUGGUGGCUAAUUUUUCCUGAGUAAUUUAUCCAAAUGACCUCUAGGAUGUGCUGUUUCUGGUGUUGUUUGAUCGAAAGUAUUAGUAAAAUUGUCUGUUUAAAUUGGCAAUAUCCACAUAAACCAUGUAUUAUAUUGCAAGAAAGCCACAAUCUUAGUGUGAUCUAAUACACAAAGUUAAAUUUGAUUAGGUAUCUUUGUUAGCAGUGUUUUAAAAAAGGAUACGAGAAAACAUCUUAUCUGCAAGAGCAUGUUAUUCCUACUGCAUCCAAUUAACCUUCCACUGAUCCCGUGAUUAGGCUCGUGGAGCCAAUCGUGGAUUAUGGUCAAAUAUAGGCAAAGGGCAGA